AUGGCAGCGGAGGUGAGCAGCGAGGAGACCGCCUCGGUCACAACGGGGACAGGCGGAGGAGGCCCGGAGACGGCCCCUUUCCCUGUCUAUGCCAGGUCAACCAGACCGAGAGUGUCGGAUUUGGGAGCGGUGCCGGUCCUCCGCCAACACUCCAACACAUCACCGGACUCUCUCCCGGACAUGAGUCUGAUUUAUCCCAUGUCGAGUGGGGAUGUCAGUGGAGCAGCCCUGUGCACAGCAGGGAGUGGCGGAGGUGGACAUUCGCUUUUCCAAGGAACAAGCUCAGGGAACGUGGGCGGCAUGUGCGGCUCUCCCACAUCGGAGGCACCGGCCUGUCGGAUUUCGCCUACAUCGGACGGGGUGACCGAGUUCCCCCCACUACCUCCCCCUCCUCUUCCCCCUCCAGGAUGUGGCGGUACGGUGGAUGAAAGCGACCUCCAAGAUGGACCGGAGUACGAGGAGGAAGAGGUAGCCUUCCCCCUCUCUGCACCGCCUACAAACCAGUGGUACCAUGGCAAGCUAGACCGAACCAUAGCUGAGGAGCGGCUGCGCCAGGCCCGGACCCAUGGCAGCUAUCUCAUCAGGGAGAGUGACCGCCGGCCCGGUUCCUUUGUUCUGUCUUUCCUCAGCAUGACCAACGUGGUAAACCAUUUCAGGAUAAUUGCCAUGUGUGGAGACUAUUACAUUGGCGGGAGGCGGUUCUCAUCCUUAUCAGACCUGAUUGGUUACUACAGCUAUGUGUCUUGCCUGCUCAAAGGAGAAAAGCUGCAGUGGCCUGUGGCCCCUCCUGAGCCUGUAGAAGACAGGAGGAGAGUAAGAGCCAUACUGCCAUACACCAAAGUGCCAGAUACUGAUGAGAUCAGCUUCUUGAAGGGAGACAUGUUCAUCGUUCACAACGAACUGGACGACGGCUGGAUGUGGGUGACCAACGUUCGGACGGAGGAACAGGGCCUCAUCGUGGAGGAUCUGGUGGAGGAGGUGUGCCGGGAAGAGGAUCCACAUGAGGGAAAAAUCUGGUAUCAUGGAAAGAUCACCAAACAAGAGGCCUACAACCUGCUGAUGACAGUUGGCCAGGUGUGCAGUUUCCUUGUGCGACCAUCUGAUAACACACCCGGGGACUACUCCCUCUUUUUCCGCACCAAUGAAAACAUCCAAAGGUUUAAGAUCUCACCAACCCCCAACAACCAGUACAUGAUGGGAGGGAGGUACUAUAACAGCGUUGACGACAUCAUCGAGCAUUAUAAAAAAGAGCAGAUUGUCGAGGGUUACAACUUGAAAGAUCCUGUUUCAGUACAGAACCAGGAACAAGUUAUCACUGACACGGUGGAUGGGCGAGAAAUUUACAACACAAUCAGACUAAAACCAAAAGAUGCGUUCUACAAAAAUAUUGUUAAGAAAGGCUACCUCCUCUUUAACAAAGGCAAAGGCAAACGCUGGAAGAACCUUUACUUCAUCCUGGAGGGUAAUGAUGCCCAGCUAAUCUACUUUGAGAGUGAGAAAAGAGCCACCAAACCCAAAGGGCUCAUCGACCUCAGUGUGUGCUCUGUUUAUGGUGUGCACGACAGUCUAUUUGGCAGGCCAAACUGUUUCCAGGUUGUUGUCCAGCAUUUUAGUGAAGAGCAAUAUAUUUUCUACUUUGCUGGCGAGGUUCCAGAGCAGGCACAGGAUUGGAUGAAAUGCCUUCAAACAUUCUGCAGUAAUUUACGGAAAACAACUCAGUCCACCCCCAACAAAAGGCUGAGACAGGUGAGCAGCCUGGUGCUCUAUGUGGAGGAGGCCCAUAAGCUACCAGUGAAAUACUUCACCAACCCCUACUGUAACAUCUACCUGAACAACGUCCAGGUGGCCAAAACGCACCCGAGGGAGGGGCCGAACCCCGUCUUCACUGAGGAGUUCAUUUUUGAUGAUCUCUCGAGUGAAAUCAACAGAUUUGAGAUCAGCCUUAGCAACAAAACGAAAAAGAGCAAAGAAAGUGACAUUUUAUUUAUGCGCUGCCAGCUGAACCGUCUGCAGAAGGGCCAGAUGAUCGACGAGUGGUUCCCUCUCAGCUCCCACGUGCCUCUAAAGGGCAUUGAGCCGGGGUCCUUGCGCGUACGCGCACGCUAUUCUAUGGAGAAGAUCAUGCCCGAAGAAGAAUACAGCGAGUUUAAAGAGAUGAUACUCCAGAAAGAGUUCCAUGUCAUCUACGCUCUGGCCCACGUAUGCGGUCAGGACCGCACCUUACUGGCGAGCCUUCUCCUUAGGAUAUUCAGACACGAAAAGGCUGAAGCCCCACUUCUCAGGACUCUGAAUGACAGAGAGAUUAACAUGGAGGAUGAAGCUACAACGUUGUUCCGGGCCACCACACUGGCCAGCACGCUAAUGGAGCAGUAUAUGAAAGCCACGGCUACGCCUUUCGUCCAUCACGCUCUGAAGGACACCAUUCUCAAGAUCAUGGAGAGCAAACAGUCCUGCGAGUUGAAUCCUUCCAAACUGGAAAAGAAUGAGGACGUCAACCUGAACCUGGCUCACCUCCUCAACAUCCUGUCCGAACUGGUUGAAAAGAUCUUCAUGGCUGCCGAGAUCCUUCCGCCGACGCUUAGAUUCAUUUAUGGCUGUUUGCAAAAAUCCGUGCAGCAGAAAUGGCCCACUAAUACCACCAUGCGGACCAGAGUUGUAAGUGGUUUUGUCUUUCUAAGACUUAUCGGUCCUGCAAUCCUCAAUCCUAGAAUGUUCAACAUCAUUGCUGACCCUCCAUCUUCAACAGCCGGCAGGACCCUCACACUGGUGGCAAAGUCUGUUCAGAAUCUCGCCAACCUGGUUGAAUUCGGUGCUAAGGAGCCUUAUAUGGAGGGUGUGAACCCUUUCAUCAAAAACAAUAAGCAUAGGAUGAUCAUGUUUCUGGACGAGUUGGGGAAUGUUCGCGAUCUCCCCGAAACCACAGAGCACUUUAGGACAGAUCUGUCCCGAGACUUGGCUGCAUUACAUGAGCUGUGCGCCGCGCACUCCGACGAACUUCGGACACUCAGUAACGAGAGGGGGGCUCAGCAGCACGUGUUAAAAAAGCUGCUGGCCAUUACGGAGCUCCUCCAACAGAAGCAGGCUCAGUAUGCCAUGUCCAACAGCAACAGGACAGAGUGCACCAUCAUGUCACUGGCAGCCGCCAUCCAAGUGAUGUGA